UACUUAAUGCAAUAUCGCGUAUUUUGUGCACUGAUCAUGAGUUGACAGUUUCUGUCAUUUUAUGUCAAUUUGGUCCGUAAAUAGCCAUAAGACAAUUAAUUCCGUUGUCUGCGAGAGGAUGUUAAAGAAACGAUGAUAUCGUAGUGCCAGUUCAUAAGUAAUCGCUCUCGUUUCUGGCCGGGCUGAUCUCAAAGUUACGAUGGAACGGAGAGUUGAUGUAGACGGGGAAGUUGCGCUUGAUUUUCCAGGAGAUGGAAAUUAUAACCACAGACCUCCACAUUCCCCAACUCUUGGUCAUACCCAGUGGAGCCAGUUUUCUUAUGAGAACCAAACUGCACGGCCACAAAACGACCCUGGUGUGAAUGCAAAAGUGAAGAGAAAACGAACCCCAUUGGAAUGGUUAAAAAAAUAUUUCUUUGAAGGUCAAGCACUGACCGACACUCAAACCCAGGCUCUUCAGAAGCUUGACCCAAACGCACCAUGGCACGAGAGGCUAAUUGUCAAGCACCGUCGGCUGGUGGGCGUGGCUAUUCCGUUCAUCUUCUAUCAAGUUAUUUGGUGGAGUUCUGCAAUUAAUUAUGACUUUUGGAGUCUGUUCCCUGAACGAUAUUUCAUUUCCAUAACGAUGAUAUUUGGCUCAAUGAUUGCAGGAAUGACAAGUGAAGGUGGAGGCGCGGUAGCUUUUCCCGUCAUGACCCUCGCUUUUAACAUAUCUCCAGCAGUGGCACGUGACUUCUCACUGAUGAUCCAGUCCUGCGGUAUGACAGCAGCGGCUUUUACUAUCUUCUGGAUGCGCGUGCAGCUUGAGUGGCACUCCAUCAUAUUCUGUUCGCUCGGCGGAAUCGUCGGCAUGGCAAUUGGUUUGGAGUUCAUUGACCCAAACCUCACCCCACCUCAGAAGAAAAUUGGUUUCGUUUGUGUGUGGUUCUCGUUUGCUUUUGCCUUGUUCCUUUUGAAUCUCUACCACAAGCGAAAGACAUACAAAAUUAUCCCAGAUUUCAAGCUAUGGAAAAUGGUUGUUCUGACUCUGACCGGAUUCAUCGGCGGAAUUUUCUCUGCCGUUGCCGGCAGUGGCGUGGACAUCUGCAGCUUCAGUAUGCUGACUCUUCUCUUCCGGGUCAGUGAGAAAACGGCAACACCAACUUCCGUUGUACUAAUGGCCGGAAACACUGUGGUCGGUUUCUAUUGGCGCCAAGUCAUCCAACAAGCUGUGAGUGCCGAUGCGUACUACUACCUUGCAGUUUGUGUCCCGAUUGUCGUGUUAGGCGCUCCCCUAGGUUCUGUGUUGGGCAGCCAUUUUCAUCGACAGGUCCUUGCCGGUUUGAUAUAUGUCUUAGACACUGUGGCCCUAGUCAGUGCGUACGCAAUUGUCCCACUCACCAAGGCUUUAAUCGGAGUUUCCGUUGGUAUAAUAGCUUUUGGAUUCGUGUUUUUUGGUGCCAUCACUUACGCUGGACAGAAGAUUAUGGAAGGUAUUGAGGAAGAGAAGGAACAACUGCCACAAACUCAAGUCAACGGAGAAGUGAAAGAAAAAGAAAACGGAGUUAUUAAUUACAAAAAAGAAGGAGAAACUGAAGAUAUUGACUUAGGAAAGCUCAACUCUGGGUUUUCUGCCACCACAGAUGUCUCAAGACAGCUAUAAGAAUGGAUUAUCAGACAAUACUUAUUUGACUCUCCGGACUGAACAAAGCAUAUAUCUUCUCCUAGCGAGGAUUCAAUACAGUGUUAUUGCUCACAGGUUAAAGGAACAGAUACAGUCAUCAAAUCGAAGAAAUGGUCUUGACAUAAUACCAAUUCUCAGAAUAAGCCUACAGAAAAUAUCUUAUUAUCCGUUUGGAGGUUAAGCUAUGAUAUAAUGGUAAUUAAAAUGAUGUAUUACUGAGGUUAAAAACAAAACAAAAACCAAAAACCAAAACAAACAAAAAAACUACCGGAAAAAAAAGAAAAGCCUUGCAUGUAAAGAAAAUGUGGAAUAAGGCUUUCAGCCUGAUAUCUAUCCAAAUAAAAACGACUCCUGCCAAAACUACUAAAGAAUUCAUUUGAAAAUUCAUUGAAAGAACUGACAGUGAUCGAGAUCCAAGCUGACUUUUGGAAGCAUUUAGUUAAGUCUAAAUUCAUGUUCCUAACUUUGGCCAUGGCUCCGAGGCUUUGAAUAACGAUGCAUUCAUUAGCAUCAUUUAUUCUAAUUUAUCCAAUUUCGUUCAUUCGUUCAUUCAUUCCUU